AUGUCGGAGUCCGGUGACGACGUGGCUCCAGUGAUUGAGGAUGAGGUGCCGGAUGUGGUGGAGCGGAACACCUUUGACUUGAGUCGCUAUCCCGAUGAUGAAACGGAUGUCGACUUAAUGCAUUCGAGAGUUGACGCGGUCCCGGAUUUGUCGCGAUUUCGUUUGUUGCAGAGCCUCGGGCUUCGCAACAAUCUCCUGAAAGAAUUGUCGCCGGCAAUCUGCAGCCUGGUCACGUUAACUGAACUCGACCUCAACGAAAAUCAGCUGACAAAAAUCGAAAACUUGGCACCGCUCGUAAAUUUGGAAAAGCUGGACUUGAGCUAUAAUAGGAUCACCAAAAUCGAGGGCUUGGAAACACUGGUCAAACUACAAGAGCUAUUCUUGGUGCACAACAAGAUCAAAGCCAUCGAUGGCCUCUCCACAUUGGUCAACAUCGAACUGCUCGAGCUUGGCGACAACCAAAUUCGCAAAAUUGAAAACUUGGAAAAUUUGACGAAAGUGAGAAAGCUUUUCCUAGGAAAAAACAAGCUUCGGCAGAUCGAAGGCAUUUCUCAUAUGACGGAAUUGCGAACGCUGAGUGUGCCGGGCAAUCGGCUGACCAAAGUGGAAAAUGUUGAGACGUUGACGAACCUGACGGAAAUUCACCUAUCUGAUCAAGGGAUUUACGACGUCGCUGGAAUGUCUGCAUUGCGACAUCUGGAGCUGAUAGAUUUGGGAAACAACCAGCUGACAGAUCUCUCGGUGAUUUCCGAAUUGUCCGAAGUGACUGAUUUAUGGCUAAACGACAACAAGAUCGACAGCUGGUCCGAGGUUGAUAAGCUGAAGAAACUGGAGAGCCUGGAGACGGUAUACCUGGAGAGGAACCCGAUCUACAAAGCUGAUCUAAAUGCCUACAGGAGAAAGGUUUUGCUUGCUCUUCCCCAAGUGGCCCAGGUUGAUGCCACGAUUGCUAGGCAU